AUGCCUGUUUCCACCACAUCCAACUCCAGCGUAUCCUCUGAUUUGACAGCCUCAAACAUGGAGUUCACUGACGAUUUUACUAUCAAGCUUCCUGCAGAACUUGAGAUUAUGCUUUUUGAGGCACUUAUCGCAGUCAUCGGUCCUCGUCGCGUUCCGGUCUGGCCCAAAAGUAAAGGCUGCAUAGUUCCUGUCGUCUUCCAUAUCAACAAGGAAAGCCGGGAAAUUGCGAUGAAACAAUACUCCCGUUUUACGUUCGACAGGUGUGACGAUGCUGAUUAUGCUGGUUACUACGAUACUGAUUACGACUCUUUUGCGUUCUUCUUCAAUCUCAGCAAAGACAACCUCUUCGUCAACCUCUCUCCAGAGGGGCUAGCUAUCUACGCAGCACAAUGCCAUGAUUACUACACUGAUACCAUCUGUAGCCUCCUCCCCUUCCUGACCAUGGGCGAUGACUUGGCAGAACCCUAUGACCAGCCCGACCUUUGGCUUCGCAACGAUCACCUCAUAAACCGCAUCCAGCAUCUCACUCUUCCACAAUGGGCACUAGAAGCAGAAUUUCCAGAUCAAUGGUCGGGUCCGGACCAUCCCUAUGACUGGAAGUAA